AUGCACCUCCCAACCCUCCUCGCCACGACCCUCACCUUCACCCUCACCACCGCCACCCCCUCCUCCAGGGCCCGGGAGUCCCACCACCACAUCCAAAAGCGCUGCUCCCCGCGCUACGACCCGGAGCUCGCGCUGGGCUACUACCCGCCGGCGCCGUGCUGGCAGACCUUCGACACGGCGUGCCGGCCGCACCUCGCGCGCGACACCGAGAUGACGCUGGACGCGCCCCACGCCCUGGCGGUGGUUUAUGGCUUGUCAGAGAACUGCGCGGAGCAGAUCGCGGAGGAGAAGGCCCGCGAGGUGGAUGGCAGGAAUAAUUAUGGGUGGAGGGAGGAGCAUGGCGUGUUGACGGUGGUGGAGGGGGGGAUCUUGGUGAUUAGUGGGAUGAGUGAGGAGGCGGUGGAGAGGUAUCAGGGGUUGGAAUAUAUGGAGUAG